AGAGUUGUCCACAGUGACCUCAAGCGGGGAGUUUACCGCGGUGCAUGCCUCGUUUACUUCCACGUCUGCUCAAAACAUUGCAAGACGCCCCGCAGCCCAACCCGGCAAGCAAUGGAUAUACGCGCUACAAAAAGCGUAUUUCUAUGAAAAGGCUUAUCCCAGAGACGCCUUCUUUCACUUCAAACGGCAGAACUCACUCAAUUUUGCUGGACGACGCGAACCCGAUCACUGAAGGCCAUCUUUAUAACAGACACAAGUCACUACCACCCAGGGUCCGUCUUCUGAAGCCCCUACAAGAUACUGGGGAGCAUGAUCACCCCCGGGAAAUGACAGAAGAGGAACGCGACUGGUGGUCCAGCCCUUACCUCAGAAUGCUCGCCUCGCCGUUGCGAGAAUGUCAAAUAACGCGUAAAAAGCUUCCCAGUGACUUUCUCAUUCGUCUGGCACCCGUGCGGCUCCCAGCCUCUCAGGGCGUACGCGAACAGCAUACACUAAUUCCAGAUGGCGUCGAGCAUCCAAAAUUCAAACCUCGUCGAUCAACGCCCGCAUGUUAUAUUACGUGCUGGAAAGAUGCCAUUUCAUACUCAACAACUAGAAUCCCGCUGUCUAAAAUAUCCCCUAACUUGACAGUUCCCCUUUUGUUACCAUUGCGCAUCGGUUACCAGCUCCGUUUACGAGUUCUCCAGGAGCUUGACCUCCUUACUAAAAAACUUGCUUCCAGCCCUUUAGAUGAUCCCGCAGCGACGGUGCUCCGAAGACUCACCCGUUCCGAAUGGAACGUAGUUCAACAAACCAACACGAUCCUUCACAAGGAUGCAGUCGCUCUGAUGGUAGUACCCCCAGUCAACCGGAACCCAGAAACAAAGGAGAAGCCACAACCCACCGCACAGUUAGACAUCGCUGAUAUCGUCAAAAACGAUACUAGCAACUUGGAAAACUCAUCGCGGCCUCUUCCUCCCCUCUCCGUUCUCCAUCCAGUCACGGACGAUUCAAGUUGUCCACUUCUCCCAAAUGCGCAAGCCCCUCUCUACCACGGUCUCUCCUUGUUUCCUGCCCGACCACAACGAGCAGCACUACAUAAAGCACUCUGCAAACUACUUGAGGUGGAGCGUAUGGCGCGGUUGCGCGCACUUCCGACCUCCGGUUCUUUUGAGCAUGAAACGUCUCCACGAGCUCGAGGUGAUGCCAAGGGAAGUCAUGCAUUCCUAUUGUGUUCGAAUCAGCGUACUGCCAAACGUGCGGAUGUUGUCCCUUUGGCAAUAGCUCUCUGGAGAUUGCGUAUGUGGGAGGGGCAAGCUUACGCUUGCGCUGGUGAGACGAGUCACUGGGAAAUUGAUGCAGAGUGGAGGAUAGACUGGGCCAAGCGGAUGUACUAAGCAGCUACAUGGAGUGUCAUGUAAUACCCAGCCC